AUGGGCGCAUCGCAGUCUUUGGAAGGUGCAGGGGCUGCUUCGUCUCCUGAGGAGCUUAGCACUAUCCUGGCCGAACGAUUCGCGACCAAAUGCUUUACCCCGCUGGAACUCACCCAUUUCAAAGACAACUUUUAUUCUCGCGCCCUCGACCAAGCAGGCUUCCGGUACUGGAACGAGAAAAUAUUGUCCGACUUCCUCGGCAUCCCGGAUGGAGCUUACACUGACCAGAAGGGAGGCGGCCAUGAUAAAUCGUUGGACGCAGGUCCAGUCAUCUUCAGGAUGGUAUCCUAUCUAGGCGCGUUUCCCUUUCAGAAAACGCUGGCACCUAGUGUUCUUACAUUCGAGGCGAUGGUCAAGGUUGUGGUACUCCUUACUGAACGGUAUGACAAAAUCCUGAAAAGAGGGCGAAAAGACCGGAUAAAGUUGCUAUUUGGGAGUCUUGCGGAUGUCGGCAGAAGAGACGUGGAAGACACAACAAUACAGCCUGAAUAUUCUGCCCAGGAGGAGGAUACUCCAGAGGCACCCCAUUCGCAUGCUCCUGGAUUUUCAAUUGAUGAACCUUCUAAUGACGACUAUGACGAGAAUGACGAGGACGAUGAUGAUUUGGUCUUGGCUGCUUUGGAAUCUCUCGAUGCUAUUGAAGUAUUUCGGCAUGAUUAUCGUGCAGAUCGCGCGGUUUACGAAGCUCGCAUUUCCGUUGAUACUUUUCACCGUCUUCUUAUGCUACUCUUAGCAAUAGCGCCUCUGAAGUCGCUGGAGUCGGUUACGCAGUACACAUCCAACCUGAGCACCGAAAAGCAGGCCGAAGUCAGACGUGAAGUCGACAGUAUUAUAUCAGGAUUCACAUCCGAUGAUGUUAAGAAUGGGAUUAGCUUUAACCAAUUUGCAAAAACAAUUUCCCUUGCGCUACCUCACCUUUUCGACCCAUUGACUCCGCUGUUUGAGCACCUUUUGUUCAGCAAGAAUUUGGAUUUAUCUCGCCGAAAACGACUGGAACAGAAUACCAUCGCCGCUGAGCCUGAUGAACCAUCACAAGACAACGCAGAAGUCCCAGCUGCGUCUGUGAUGCUUCCGGGAAGCUUUGAAUCGGCAAUACUGAAUCCCAGCAUGAUAUCCCACCUCUCUUUCUUUUUGCCUGCGUCCUCAGAUCGCAACCUUUAUUGGAGCGAUAUACACCUACAUCCUGUUUUUUCGACGGUUGCGCACGGCGAAUCGAUGACUUCGUUUUCACACAAUGUUCUAACCUGGCAGGCUCCUUCGCUCCUACUGGUUCAAGGCGCGACAAGUGACAAUUCGGGCUCUGAUGAAAACCUCAUCACAUUCGGAGCGUAUAUCCCCCACUCCUGGAAGCCAUCAUCAUCAUCUUCUACCCCCAUCAAUCCCAAUGACCGGUCCACCCUUCCCUGCCUAUUUCAACUCCAACCAUCACAUGCAGUUUCUCCCGGGAACAGCAACCCAACACCAUCAGCACAAAAAACCUCAGUCUCCUUCUCUCCCUCAACCGGUAUUGCAAUCGGCUGCGAAGUCGCCACCCCCCAAAAAACAAAUUUCGGCCCUGGUGUUCCUUCCAUUUCAUCCUCCACCUCAUCAUCCCAUAAAUCACAAACCCCCAUCCCCACAGGCGCAGGAAGCUUGAUCAUCGACCCAAACCUUGAAACCGCACAGCUGCACGUUUCAUACGUAGCUGGUGGUGCCUUCAGUGGCGGCGCAUUCGCUCCUCCAGUUCCACCUAUUCUCCCGCCAAUCACUCAUAUCGAUAUCUACAAUCUCGAAGUAUGGGGUAUCGUCGAACCGGACCCAAAUAUUGCGUCAGACGACAGCGGCCCGUAUCAUAAAGGCGCGAUUUCGCAGCAGCGCGCAGCCUGGCAAUUCGACGCCCGAGAAGCUGAGCGGAGAAAGGGGUUGAAUGUCAAGAUAAGCGGAGGUUCGGAAAGUGACUAUCAGAAUGCGAGAGCUUUACUGGAAAUGGCUGGUAUAAUAGGUGACCACGCACAGCCAAGGAGCGGCGGGAGUGUUUAA